UUUUUCAAUUAACAAAAUUGUAAGUCGCGUUCCAAAACGCGGGCCAAUGACGAGAUCUCCCAACCACUCCUUCCUACGUGCCUGAAAUAUCGUUUAAAUAUCCGUAACAGAAUCAACCGAUCGUCGCCCCCGCGUCGUCUUCUCCUCCAAUAAUCUAUAAAAUUAGCUAAAAAGGUUUCCAUUAUCGUCCCAUCUCUUCCCAAUUCUUCGCCCCAAAAUCGUCUCGCAAAACCCUAAUUCUUGAAUUCAAGCUCUUUUCAUGACGGAAGGAAGGAAGCGAUGAGGUGCAGAACUCACCCUUCCGAUCACGGCGCUGGCGUUUGCCCCUGUUGCCUUCGAGAACGCCUCUCCGCUCUCACCGUCGCUCCGGCAGAAAACAAAGCCAAGCCGUCACGGGCGAUUCUCAGCUCUCGAUCUGAUUUCCCUAAUGUCUCCGACGAACGACCGAAGCGCCGCGCUGUGAAGUUUUCCAAAAAUUCGAGCCCCAAGAAGGCGGAAUCCGAUGCUAUUGUUCUCAAAUCCUCGGGUUCUAAUUCAAGUUUCUUAGCCCUUAUUUUAGGGCAGUGGAAGAAGAAUAAGAAGAAAUCGCCACACAUCGCGCCGGCGGCGGAGGAUGUUUCCCGUGGAAGGUCGAGGAAGCCACACGUGCAGCCGGUGGACGGAAGGGGAAUGUCGCCUGCGAUGAAGGACGAGACGGAUAAGGAUGAGCGUCGUAUCUCCACGCCUUCGCCGUUGAAGCGGAAAGCCCAACGGCCACAGAGCCCCAACAAGUUAUCUAGCUAUGCGGUCUGCCUGAGUCCGAUGUUGAGACCAAGCCCCGGAAAUCGCCGGAACCAUGGUGCAUCGGAGACGGUAUUCGCCGGCGAUCUACAGGGAACAUUAAAUCGCAAGUGGAGCGGUGUCGCAGUAGCCGUUCCUGACGCAUCCUCCGGUCAAGGGCUGAAUCGAUCGAGGAAGCUUGUGGAUUUGGGUAAGGCGUGGUGACGAUAUUUGGCCUCCAAUUUCAUUUUCGGAUUUGUUGCAGUCAUUCGAAAAAAAAAAAACUGCAAUUAUGGCUAAUGUUGUACUUGUAAAUUACGAAAGGCCUUAACUACUCAUUUUAUUGUUUGUAAAUAAAAAAAGUCCUUUAGAGGAUUUAUAUGUUUCAAGUUUAUGAAUUUACCGGCCAAAAUUUUUUUAUUU